AUGUCCUUUGGUUUUUGUCUCUUAGCCUCUUCUUCAAGCAACCAUAAUGGUACUGAGACAUUCAAUUUCUUUCCAAUGAAAACUCAGAGUUCUCCCGAGCCAUCGCCAACCCUAUGUCUGUUUCAUUCACCUGAAACACGACAUGAGAGAAACCCUAAUUCAAGCCAUUCAGAUAAGGAGGAAAUCACUGUUGCUUUGCACAUUGGCCCUCCUAAUUGCGCCAAUGGCUCUGUGAAUACAAGUGAUGCUGAAAAGAGAGAUGCUGCUACCCAGUAUUGGAUACCAACUCCUGCGCAAAUACUAGUCGGUUUCACCAAUUUUUCCUGCCCUAUCUGCCAUAAAACCUUCAACCGCUACAACAAUCUUCAGAUGCACAUGUGGGGUCAUGGAUCACAGUAUCGCAAAGGGCCUGAGUCACUGAAAGGAAAGCAGCCACGAACAAUGUUAGGCAUUCGAUGCUACUGUUGUGAAGAAGGGUGCAAGAACAACAUAAACCACCCAAGAGCAAAGGCACUGAAAGAUUUCAGAACCCUACAGACUCAUUACAAGAGGAAGCACAGCACGAAGCGCUUCGCCUGUCGCAAGUGCGCUAAUAAGCGCUUUGCCGUGAAAGGUGACUGGAGAACCCAUGAGAAGAAUUGUGGCAAACGGUGGCUAUGCGUUUGUGGUUCUGACUUCAAGCACAAGAGGUCACUUAAAGACCACAUCACUUCAUUUGGCCAUGGUCAUGAUCAUGCUCCUUUUCCUUCUUCAUUUGAUGGGGUUGAGGGUCAGACCCAACCAUUAAAAAAUCCAUCCCAAAACGUUGGGCUUUACAGGAGUACUCCCUUCCCCAUUGCUAGCGAAAGAGCACCUCUAACAGAUGCUUCAAAUGGAUAA